CGCCGGCGGGCCCGGGGCUGGCGGCUCCGCUGCGGGAGUCUGGCGGCAGCGCCACCGCUACCGUCUCUGAGCGGCCUCCGCGACUGGCUUCUCUUCCGGCUGUGGAGCGUUCGUAGGGCCAGGUGUUCCCGUGGAUAGUAGUACUAAGAGGCGCAGCGCGGCUCGGCUCGGCUCGGCGCGGCUCUUCCGCCUGUCAGUGUGCACGGUGGCCGUUUUGGUUCCCUCUUAGGCAGGCAGCUGUGCGCCGUUGGAAACGUAACCCGUAAACCUACGAGGAUUUCUUCGUGAGGCAGCGCAAGCAAGAAGAAUUGGGACCACCAUGAAACGCGAAGCAUUUUUACAGGUUGUGUGUAAAGAGUCACUUGAAGACUUCUUGCAUUAUACUCAUAAAUCUAAAAAUACAUUUGAUCCUUUCGACUUGAAAGAACUGCUUCAAGAAUUGUCAAGAAAGCAUAAAGAAGUACUAUGGGAGAGAUUGACACAGCUGUUGUCAGAGAGCUUGAUGGAGAAUCCUGUGGAAACGUGGCCAGGGGUUGCAGAUGAUGGCAUGGAAGUUGAAAUAGUUCCAGAAAUGGAACAAACUGUAGCUGUGAUUCAAGGAGUGACAGCUGUAGUUACUGCUUCCAUACCUGCCGUGGAUGAAACUGUAGACUACAAAUCUCUUCUGGAAUGUGUUUUUAUUCUGAAUGGUAUUCUUCUUGUGUUACCUGAAUCCCAGAAAAUCUUACAAGAUGCUAUCCAACGUGUAUGUGAAAUGUGGUGGGAAAAAGGAUUGGAAGGCAAGGAGCAGCUGGGAAAGACACUAUGUAUCAUUCUACUGAGAAAAAGUCUGCAUAAAGCUGCCACGGGUGCAGAUGUACUUCGUGUAUGGAAUCUACAUCAGACAUUACUUUGUUUUGAUUAUGAUUCAGAGGACAGUAAUGAAGUUAAGGACUUGUUGCUUCAGUGUUUUAUGAGUGUGAAACAUUUUAAAAAAGAAGAGGGAAGAAGAUUCUUGAGCUUUUUGUUCUGCUGGAAUGUAAACUUCAUUAAAAUGAUACAUGGAACUGUUAAAAACCAAUUAGAAUUCUUUCCAAGAUCCUUGAUGGAAUACAUUUCAGAAGUUUACUUCAGGGCCUGGAAGAAGGUAUCAGGAGAAUUCUUACAGGUACUUGAACAUAACUGCAUUCAGGAUUUCAUGCAUCAUGGAAUUCAUCUUCCCAGAAGUUCUUCUGUUCAUUCUAAAGUUAGAGAGAUACUGAGUUACAUUCAUAAACAAAGUAAAGUUCGCCAAGGAGCUGAGGAAAUGCUCUGUAGAUUGUAUCAACCUAUCCUUUGGAGAGCACUGAAGGCCAGGAACUCAGAAGUUCGAUCAAAUGCAGCAUUUUUGUUUGUGGAUGCUUUUCCUCUUCGGGAUCCCAGCUUUAACAAAAACGAGAUGGAGAAUGAAAUCCAGAAACAGUUUGAAGAACUUUUUAAUCUCUUAGAAGAUCCUCAUCCUAUUGUCCGCUCUACAGCGGUACUUGGAACUACUCAGAUAACAUCCAGAUACUGGGAGAUGAUUCCUCCAGCUGUUCUUGCUGACCUUUUACAAAAGCUGACUGGAGAGCUGUCCUGUGAUGUAACAUCUGCUGAUGUCCGAAGCUCUGUUUUUAAAUGUCUACCUAUAGUUUUGGACAACAAACUAAGUCAUCCAUUACUGGAACAGCUCCUGCCAGCAGUCAGAAACAGUCUUCAUGACAGUUCUGAGAAAGUGCGAGUGGCUUUUGUUGAUAUGCUGCUGAAAGUAAAGGCUACCAAGGCUGCUAAGUUCUGGAACAUCUGCCCCAUGGAUCAUCUUCUGACUCGUCUUGAAGUUGACUCCCGGCCUGUGUCCCGACGCAUAGUGAAUCUCUUAUUCAACUCUUUCUUUCCCACUAACCAACCCGAGGAUGUGUGGUGUGAGCGCUGUGUUACUCUAAUCCAGAUGAAUUCAGCAGCAGCUAGAAAGUUCUAUCAGUAUGCUCAUGAGUAUACUGCCCCCACUAACAUAGCUAAACUAUUGCUUACUAUUCGGCGCUGCUUGAAUGCCUGCAUCCAGAAAGCAAGAAAAGAGAGUCUUCAUGAUACUGAUGAUGAUGAUGAGGAUAAAAAUGAAAAGGAGAAUACAAGUUUGUUGAAUACUGUGUUGUCAACAAAUGACGUGGCCAGCAUGGCAAGUUUGUUGGAGGUUGCUGUGAUUCUCUGGAGGAGUAUCCGCAAGGCACUGGAUCGCAAUGAAGAUGCCAAAGAUUAUGCUAUCAGAAAAUUUGCUUCUGUACUUCCUGAGUAUUUUAGAGUAUUUAAGGAUGAGCGGUGCACGACUCCAUUGGUUAUUCUGGCAUCCUUUAUGCCCCCUGCUGCUAUUCCUACACUCAGCUGUGGCAUGAUCUCCAGACUCAGAAAUAUCAACAGUGGAGCUGACCAAAGCAAAUACUCAAUGCUGAUAGACUGCAUGUGUCGCUGGGGUCAAGUGGGACAUGUUCUGGAACUGGCCUGUGAUUGGUUGUCUGACUCACUAUCCCCAAGGAAGAGUGCUAACACUUCCCAACGACGAGUACGUAUCCAGGUCACACACGAAUCGAAGCCAGAAUUAGCAGCCGAUUACAUUGAAUAUUUAUUGACUCAUCCAGUUAAUCGUGAUUGCCUGCUCUCUCUUCCUAAGAAGAAACUGAAAAAGCUUCUGAAAAUUCUCAGCUCUUCAAAGGAGGUUCUUAGCUCAAUUCUGAAAGCCACUGAUGAAGGUUCUGGCAGCUUCAACGAAGCAGCUGGCCUAAGGGUCUUCAGCCUUUUUUGCAGGUUGAGUAUUCAUCUUCAGAACAAGUUUUCUGAAGAAGGAAAAGAUUGCCUCUCACUCCUGAAGGAGACAGGCACUUGGCUAGAAAGUCAAGUUGUACCUUUUAUACUAGCAAGUGAUCAAAAGGAUGGUGUUUCAAAACACAACAAUGUUUCUGAAUUAAUUACUCAGGCCUACCUGACAGUAUGCAAAGAUGUCAUAAUGACUGGCUUGGGAAAAGCCACGUUUCAAGCACGCCUUUUAGAUCUAGGCCUUUCAGUUAUACAAAGAGAGAGAGGUGGCUUUUGUGCUCCAGUGUUAUUGUCUGCUCUAAAAGAAAUCGUAGAAGCCUCUUUAACUCAGAAUUCUGAGACAGAUGAAGUGGCAGAUCUUCACCAUGCUGUACAGGCUGUCUUCCAGAAAGUUUUAGAACGUGUGGCAUGUAGACUCAAGGAACAGCAGGAUGAAGGGAUUCAGUUGACUCACUCUAUUCAAAUACCUCUUGGAGAAUUCAUGCGUGCAGUGCAGUGCUGCCACUCCUGUUACCCAACGGUUUACAAAGGUGUACACUCUACUCUCCUGGCAGCAGUACUAGAAGAGAUAAGUUAUGUGCUACAGAAGGCUUCCAGUGAAAAUGACGUAACCAUCCCAAAGACCAUCCUAGAACUUCCUCCCCUUUCAAGCACUUUAAUGGCAAUAAUUAUGAAAUCAGUUAAUGUGGUCAGGUCAUUUUUAAAUGAAUUAAUGGAAUGCAUUCUCUCUGAAGAAAUUGAAGAGAUUUUUAGGCUAACAGCUAUUGUCUGCAUUGUGGUUAUAAUUAAAGGUAAGCACAGAACUUCACUUCUAAUGGAUAUUGCACCUGCCAUUCAAAGGAAACUGCUAACAUGCAAGGAUGCCACCACAGAAGAACUUGGCAGCACUGAAAGAGCCCUCUGUGAAGCAUCUCUGAAAGUUUUGGAUGAAAUUUUGAAUCCAUGACCCUGUGGAAGCUCUUCUCAUGAAAAUUAAAGGAAGAAAGAUAUAGUGUUUAAAAAAAAAAAUCUAUUACCUUGUAAGCUUUAUUAAUAAACUUUGUCCUUUAUUAUUCUGUAUAUUUAAAGCAGGGAAAAUGUAUAAAAGUGUAUAUAGGAAUCAUGUAACAGUAAACUUCUUAAAACCAGCUGUAAAUAGGUUCUUUAUAAAAAUGGGUGGGUUUUUUUUUUUUUUGGUGGGGGGGAAGUGUAAGAUCAGUCUUUUCUGUAAAACAAAUCAUAAUUGUAUCUGGUAUAUUUUGAGGUUGCACAUCACCUCCUCACUUGGAAUACUACAGAGCUUAUUCCUAGAGGUUCUGGAAAUUAAUUUUAUUUCAAGACAACGUGAAGGAUAAAAUGGUGAUUGAGAAUGGCCAUCAGGACUUCACCAGGAGCAAAUUCUGCCUAACCAACCUGGUUUUCCCUUUUUUGGAAGAAGAGAACAGAAAAUGUCAUCAUUCUUGUCCUCAGCAAAGACUUCUACACAGGCUUAUGCAGGUACUUCCUUACAGGUGAACUGGAGAGAGGUGGACUUAAAAAGCGGAUGAGGAAGUGGCUGGAUCAUCAGACAUGAAGAGUAAUGAUGUUACAAUGUCAGGUUAAAAGCUAUCUGUUAGUGGCAUUGCUCAGGGCACAUACUGUAGCCAAUAUUAUUUAACAUUUUUAUUAAAGGCUUGGGUGGUAGGAUGAAGUGCAGCCUCAGUCUGCUGGCAGAUGGCACCAAUAUGGGACCAGUGUUUGAUAGACCAAGGAGUAGGGUUGUCCCAUUCAAUAGAAUCCUGAUAAGCUGGACUUGAGAUCCACAACUCUCAUUUUGUUCAACAACGAUACGCACGCUCUUCAACCUGCAACAGACUAACCCUGUAACCCAGAACGGGCAAGUGCAGAAGGACAAUCUCUCUGCCGUCGUCGCCUACCUUGGUGAGGAAUAAGAAAAGACUGGUCAGAGGUACACAGGAAGAGAAUAUGAGGCCAGAGAAACAACUUGGAGCAACAAGGUCUUCCAUUAUCACAGUAAAUUGAAACUGGAAAUACGAGCAGGUUGCUCAGAAAGGCUGUGGAACAUCCUCUGUGGGGGUGUAGAACUUGACUGACCAGGCCCUCACCAUCAUGCUAUAAUGUUGAAGUUAGACCUGCCUGAGCCAGGGAUUGGACAAGAUUAUCUUCUGAGUUUCCUUCCACCUUGAAUAUUCUUGUGCUUCCAUGGCAUGGGUACUGUAGGGGAGAUGCCCAACCUAUCAAAGAUACACUUGAUUAGUAUGUAAAUUGCUCUCUAUUUUGAUAAAUUAUUACUACAUGUCUGCAA